GGGGCCGCGCGUGACCAAAGAGAGCGGUGAGCGGCGGUGGCGGGGUCGGCGGGCACGUGACCGGCGCGCGGGGCGUGGCCGCGCGCUUGGUCCGGGCGCGGUUGCGGGCGGCGCGAUGGAGCUGGUGGCGGAGCUGAGGGGCCGUGACGGCGAGACGCGGUCCGUGCGGGUGCCGCUGCCGCGCCCGGCGGAGCAGGACGAGGCCGGGCAGCUGCGCAGGCUGCGGCGGAGCCUCGCCGAGCUGCAGGAGCGGGUGGUGGAGCUGCUGGCGCCCCUGGUGCAGGCGGAGAGAGAGGCGGCGGGUGACGGCGGGCCGCGCGGUGGUGCCGAGGAUGACGACGAUGAUGAGCAGGAGGAGGAUGAAGAUGAUGAAGACGAAAACAGCAUCGACACGAAGGCGAGCGCCGACGACCCGCCUCCAAAGCGGACGAGGGUUCAGCAGCCGUGGUGACGGCACUGGGGACUGGGGUCAGGCCUGGAAGGGACGUUCCAGCUGCACCGGUGUGAGGGUUCCCGGCCACGGCCAGGCGGCAGCCUGCGGUGCUUCUGCGCCUGUUCGGAAAGUGCCGAUCCCGAGACUGUUUUAACACGGAGGCCGUAAGGAAAGCAUGCACCUUGGUGUCAGCAGCGUGCUGCUUACAGGGAGCCAGUGUUACGCUGAGAAGAAUUUUUGGUAGACUAGUUGACAAAUACAAAACUGUUCUCACCAGUCUUCUGACUGCUACAUUUUUAAUGACGUUUUCUAAGUGAUAGUAUUUAUUCAUGCGACUUAAAAUAAACUCUUAUAAUAAAAUCUGGAGUGAGUUAUUUUUUCAGACUUCAUCUUAAAAUGGUACAAGACAACUUUUAUUUGUAUGGAGAGAAAGCAGUAUAAGACUGCUACAGUAUUCAACAUUAAAGAACUGUGUAGGACUGUGUCCAUUCCUGAGGAGUCCUACAAUGGAAGAUUAUUUUUGCCUAUCACCAAAAAGGCUUAUUAUAGUCACCCAUCAAUGAAGUAUUUUCCUGAAAAAUGUCAUAUAUAAAGUGGAUUGAAAGAGUCAGAAAUCUUGGUUUCAAAAAAUCCUGAUUUUUUUGUGACAGCCAGGCAAGUCAGUGUGACUUUGAAAGUUGUCUUUAAUAUUCCACAAUUCAAAAAUGUAUGUCUGUCCUAAGCCUGUUUUCUCAAAAUGUUGGGUUUCUUUUUAUUUUCUUUUUAUGCAGCAGUUAAUCUUUAUGUAUUUUCUUCCAUGACCAAGUUUUAUCCAGGCUGAUUUUUAGGCUUAUUUGGUAGCUAAGUCAAAGUGAACAACACAGAGUAUUAUAUUCUGCCGAUGCAGAACUCCCAUAAUUACCUAAAAAACGGUAAGAGCAGAGUGAAUUUUUGAGAAGCUUUCUAAAAACAAAACUUUGGAAAGAAACUAGGGGAAAUGCACUAGGAUUCAAGUGCAUUUCAAGUGACACCUGUGAGUACAUUAUGUGUAACAGUUCUUGGCUGUGUAAAUGAGCAUAACCCAGUCCCUCUGCUAAGGCAGCUCAUUCUUUUGAUGAUAAUGCAGCAUAUGGAAUGUCACAGAAUCAUUAGGGUUGUAAGGGACCUCUCGUGAUCAUCUAGUCCAGCCCCGCUGCCAAGGCAGGGGUGCUAGGAGCUCCCUGCUCAUCCAUGCAGGUCUCCUGCCCCCUUUCCUUGAUUUUUUUCACCAUGGGGAUACACUGGUCUUGGGCCUGGAGGAAGCGGUGCUUAAAUACUGACCAGCUUUCUCGGACUCCCGUCUCUUCUAGAACCCAUAGGAUUCUACUAAGCAGGUCUUUGAAGAGCCUAAGUUAGCUCUCCAGAAGUUUAGGGUUCUAGUCCUGCUUACUGUUUUGCUUCCCACGUGCAGGAUCCCGAGUUCCACCAUCUCAUGAUCGCUACAGCCAAGGCUGCCCCCAACCUUUACAUCUUCAACCAGUCCUUCCUGGUUUGAAAGUACAAGGUCUAGCAACACACCUUUCCUCACUGGCUCCUCCACCACUUCUAUCAAAAUGUUACCUUCAGUGAUCUGCGGGAAUUUCCUUGACUGUGUGCCCUGGGUCAUGUUAUCCCUCCAACAAAUAUCUGGGCGGUUGAAGUCCCCCCAUAACAGAUGCUUCUUGCAAGGGGAAAGUUGUCAAUGCUUCACAUGUGUUACUUUAAUUCCCAGUUUGUUUGGUGCAUGCUUCUGUGAACAAGCAUAUAGCAUUCUAGACAGCCAGACCAUAGAGCUUACCGGGGCCUGAGAGGCUUCUCUAGCAGAAAUUUACUAACUGAUUUAAUAGUGUGAAAAGCUUGCUUUUUGUUCAUUUUCUGGCUGGCAGUUUGUUUAUGUAUUAUGGAAACUGAGCAAAUCUUGAGACUUAUGUAUGGAGGGCAAAGUAUCAGAAUAAAUUAUGAAUUUUUAUGAGCACAGAAUUGCCUGGAUUUGCUUGGAAGGGGCAGGGGUGUGUUGGAACUGAGGCGUAGUAAACAUUUUUUUUACAUUUUUACAUAUUCUUAAAUUCACACACCCAUUAUUCUGUGAGCAGAUAUGACAGAGGUGUAGCCUGGGAGAAAAGACCACUCCUGAAGACUAGGGAGGUUUAGUUGCUGAGGACCUGGGAUGAGAGAAAAUUACAUAAAUUAAUCCUCAUCACUUGUCAGGCUGCAAAAUCUUAAAGUGAGAAAAUGCUUAAAGUGUUUAGAGUAGAUAAUUUAUCGACGGAAGUAGCACUGAAGGAAGUGGCUUCUCAAAAUGGCAAAGGCAACA